AUGGCCAACUACCUCGCCUCCAUCUUCGGCACGGAGCAGGACAAGGUCAACUGCUCGUUCUACUACAAGAUCGGCGCGUGCCGCCACGGCGACCGCUGCUCGCGCAAGCACGUCAAGCCGUCGUACUCGCAGACCGUCCUGCUACCUAACCUGUACCAGAACCCGGCGUACGACCCGAAGAACAAGAUGAACGCGCAGCAGAUGCAGAUGCAUUUUGACGCCUUCUACGAGGACAUCUGGUGCGAGCUGUGCCAGUACGGGCUGGUCGAGGAGCUGGUCGUGUGCGACAAUAACAACGACCAUCUCAUCGGCAACGUCUACGUGCGCUUCAAGUACGAGGAAGACGCGCAGAAGGCGUGCGACGCGCUCAACUCGCGCUGGUACGCCGGCCGCCCCAUCUACUGCGAGCUGUCCCCCGUGACCGAUUUUCGCGAGGCCUGCUGUCGCCUGAACAGCGGGGAGGGCUGCGUGCGCGGAGGCUUCUGCAACUUCAUCCACCGCAAGGAGCCCUCGCCGGAGCUGGACCGCGACCUGGACAUGAGCACGCGCAAGUGGCUCAAGGAGAGGGGCAGGGACGAGAGGAGCAUGAGCAGGAGUCCUACGCCGCCCGCGAAGAGGUUCUAG